GAACAUUAGACUAUCUAGGUUUCAAUAAAGUGCUGAAUUUUGACACUGAUGCAAUACCAUACCAAAAUGUAUUGGAAUAUUUAGAUAGAUUUCCUGAUUCUGAUAUCAUUGCCACAACGGGAACAUUCCCAAAGAACAUUCAUUCAAAAUGGGGCUUUACAUUGUGCAUGGGUGUAUUGGAACUAAGAAAUUCACCAAAUAUGAAAUACUUCUGGGAUGAGCUAGCAAACAUGACUAGAAACAAAGCUCGUAUAGAUGACCAGGUGCUGAUAAACCAUAUUCUCAACAAACACAACAUAACAUGGGAAUUUCCCCCUCAGGAGUCAAACCUUGUCAUGAAUGAAAACCCAAAACUUCUUAUAAAUGGAACAACGUUACACGGGUAUACAGUAACAGCAUUGUCAGCGGAGAAAUUUUGCAGAAAGACUUGUACAAGAGAUACGAGCCAUGUAAUUGUGCACCAUCCAUGGCCAAGGCAAAACAUUGAUAAGAGACUUUUGAAGACUUCUUGGGAAACAAUUGUAUCAAAGACCAGCCUUAAAUCAAUAGAAGUGUUGAGAGCAAUAUCUAACAUUUAGGCCCCUAAAAUCAUAUCAAUGUAUAUACUAUAGAACACAAAGAAAUUAGAAUAAGAAAAGGCAAAAUAUUAGUAGAUUAUUAGGGGUUGUUUCAUAUGAGUAUAGCCCU